AUGCGUAUCGCUCAGCUGCCGACGCCGCUGUUACUUUUGCUUACGGCGCCCUUGACGAGUGCCUUUUACUUACCCGGCAUCACGCCAACAAACUACAAAGCAGGCGAUCUCGUUCCGCUACACGUAAACCACCUCACCGCCGCGCAAAACAGCAAAGACAACCAGUUGCGAUCCGCAUUCGCCUUCGACUACUAUUCCAAGCAAUUCCAUUUCUGCCCGCCCAAGGAUGGCCCACAGGACAUUUCCGAGUCGCUUGGGAGCAUUCUGUUCGGUGACCGCAUCCAGACAUCGCCCUUUGAACUGCACAUGGCCAAGAACGAGACUUGCAAAGCGGUGUGUGAUGCGGUGGAAUUCGCCGCACGGGACUCCAAAUUUGUGAACAGGAGGAUAUGGCAGGACUACAUGAUGAACUGGUUGGUGGAUGGUCUGCCUGCCGCACAAAUGUACAUCGAUCCGAGCACAGACAGCGAGUUCUACCAGCCUGGAUUCGCAUUGGGAGAUAUAGAGAACGACAAGCCGGUGUUGAACAACCACUACGACAUCUUCAUCGAUUACCAUCAAGUGCGGCAGGACGAAUACAGAGUCGUGGGAAUCUUGGUGGAGCCGGCUUCACGACGGGACACGAAACGAACGGGACAGGGCGAUGACAUGAGCGCGACGGGCUGCGACGUGAAGGGGCCAGGGAUGAUUCUGGACGAGAACGCAAAGUCAAAGGUUACAAAGGUCACUUGGACCUAUAGCAUCUAUUGGAGGCCAUCCGCCACGUCCUUUGCGACCCGAUGGGACAAAUACCUCCAUGUCUUCGACCCGAAGAUUCAUUGGUUUUCGUUGGUCAACAGCGCAGUCAUUGUCAUGUUUUUGAUUGGCAUGGUUAGCACUGUCCUUGUCCGAGCUUUGAGGAAAGACAUUGCGCGAUACAACCGACUGGAUCAACUGGGACUCGACGAUCUUAACGGCACUGSAAUCGAGGAUGGAAUUCAGGAAGACAGUGGCUGGAAGCUCGUUCAUGGAGACGUUUUUCGUCCUCCGAGGAACUCCCUCGCACUCUCCGUCCUAGUCGGUAACGGCGCUCAGCUCUUCAUGAUGGCCGGAUUCACCAUCAUCUUCGCAGUGGUCGGAUUCUUGUCACCCAGCAAUCGCGGCAGUCUUGCAACGGUCAUGAUCCUGCUGCAUACCUUCUUCGGCGUAGUUGGAGGCUACGUCAGCUCACGAGUCUACAAAUCCUUUGGUGGUACAAAGUGGAAACAACUCUUCGUUCUCACACCUUGCGCGGUGCCAAUGGUGGUAUUUGCAGUCUUCUUCCUGCUUAACCUUUUCGUCUGGGCACGUCGAUCUUCCGGAGCGGUACCAUUCACCACAAUGCUCGUUAUCGUCGGCAUCUGGUUUUUGAUCUCGGUGCCCCUCUCCGUCGCAGGCUCCUGGCUUGGAUUUCGCCAAAGCAUGGCUGAUCCACCUGUGCGUACAAACCAGAUUCCCCGGCAGAUUCCCCCAUCAACCGGAUACCUGCGAUCGAUCCCUAGUAUGUUGCUUGUGGGUAUGCUCCCGUUCGCUGCCAUAUUCGUGGAGCUCUACUUCAUCAUGAGCUCGCUGUGGAGCAACCGAAUCUACUACAUGUUCGGCUUCCUCUUCCUUAGCUUCGGCCUUCUGGUCGUGACAUCAGCUGCGGUGACAGUGCUGAUGAUCUACUUCUUGCUAUGUCAGGAGAAUUACCACUGGCAGUGGAGAGCAUUUGCCAGCAGCGGCGCGAGUGCCGGAUAUGUGUUUGCGUACAGCUUACUGUACUGGGCACGGAUGCUGAGCUUUAGCAGUUUCACGGGCGGACUGCUAUAUUUCGGAUACUCGGUCUUGUUGAGUUUUCUGUGGUUUUUGCUAAGCGGCUCAAUCGGCUUCUUUGCGUGUUGGGUGUUUGUCAAUCGAAUAUAUGCGAGUAUCAAGAUAGAUUAG